AUGGAGUCUCCUUCGUCCUCGUCCUUUGCUGGCCAGAAGCGCAAAGUUGUCGACAUGAGCUCCGACGAAGAUGCCCGUCCAAGCGCCGGCUUUCGGGGUUUCGCACGAGCUUCCUCCCGGUCCGAAUCGCCCCCGUCGAUGGGUGGGCUAGGAAGCGCAGCCCACAACCCGUGGAAUAACAUGGCCAACCCCGCGACGGCACCCCCUCGAGGUGGUACGCCUUCCCGAGGGGGCAAGGGAGGAAAUUCAUUUGCAUCGCGCAUGAUGGCAAAGAUGGGCUACGUCGAAGGACAAGGUCUAGGAUCUACUGGCCAGGGUAUUGUUAAUCCGAUUGAGGCGCAGGCACGGCCGCAGGGUGCGGGCUUGGGAGCAGUGCGCGAGAAGACCAAGCAGGCUCGCGAGGAAGAACGACGAGAUGCCGCGCGACGAGGCGAAACCCUGGAAGACAGCUCAGACGAGGAGCGGCGACGGCGACGAAAGAAGAAGGAGGAGCGCAAAACGGAGAGUCGCAGCGGGACCGGUACACCUAUUGCGCGCACCAAGCCUCAAUUCCGGACGGCACGAGAGAUGGAAACGGAUAUGGAAGGCCUCGAGGUACCCAACGUGCUCAAAUCUCUUAUCGAUGCUACGGGGAAGGAGCAGCGUGUCCUUACUUCGACAGCUGGGUUGAUGACUCCGCAAGAGUUUGUUAGCCAAGAGGAUGGAGAGGCCCUCAAGAUUGCCCGGCGGGCUCGGCAUGACCUGGAGGCUUUUGCGGACGAAUGGAAGGGUUUGGCCGAAAGGAAAAGUUAUAUCGAGCUCGAAGAAGCUCAGGUGGUGGACGAGCUAGAUGCAUAUCAGUCCCGGGUCGAUCAUCUUACGGGAUUGAUUGCUGCCGUGGAAGAGUUGGACAUUUUCGAACACGAUGAGAACAUUGCGGCCAAAUUUGACGAAAUGACCGGCAAACUAGAAGCUAUGGAAUCCAAGUACCGUGAUUUUAUGGAUGAGUACCGGCUGGCGGAGACAGCAGUUGCCGCUAUACAUCCGCUGUUUCGCCAGGCUAUGGAGGAGUGGGAACCUCUCCAGGAUCCCAUGUUCCUUGUGCCUCAGCUUCGUCGCCUCCAGCCUCUUCUCUCUCGCAGGACCGAGGGCGAGGAGUCCCGGCAGCGGCAGUCCACGACACCCUACGAAACGAUGAUCUACACGCUAUGGCUCCCACGGAUACGCUCGGCGCUCCUUAAUGAUUGGGACGUCUACGACCCGUCUUCCGCCACAUCGCUGAUCGUGGCAUGGAAAGCGCUUGUCCCACCGUUUGUCUACGCCAACGUUAUCGACCAACUGGUGGUCACGAAGCUCAGUGGAGCUCUCAAGAACUGGAAGCCUCGGAGCAGCCGAAGACACCCCAGUGAGCAAGACGGGCGAUUCCCAUGGUGGCUUUUCACAUGGCUGCAAUACUUGGACGAACGGCAUACCAACCCCAAGCAACCCACUGGUCUCAUGUCCGAUGCGAAAAGAAAGUUCCGUGUGGUGCUAGAUUCGUGGAGUUUGCGUCGGGGACUGAUCAACGGGAUCGAACUCUGGCGGGACGCGCUAGGGUCCGAGUUUGAUGUGUGCCUGCGCAACCAUCUACUUCCGCGUCUGGCACGUCACUUCCGCGAGGACUUUUCCGUGAACCCUCAGGACCAAGACCUGACUGCCUUUGAAGAUGUCCUUCGCUGGAAAGACUUCUUCCAGCCCAACGUGAUGGGCUUGCUCUUGGUUUCUGAGUUCUUCCCUAAGUGGCACGAAAUUCUACACAUUUGGUUGACCAAUGACCCCAACUACGAAGAGGUCGGCGCAUGGUUCUCGUGGUGGCGGACCCAGGUCCCGGCCGAGCUGAACGAGCUCACCAUUGUCGACGACGAAUGGAAGAAGGGCCUACAGACUAUGGACCUUGCCUCCCAGCUGGGAGAGCGUGCUGCUGCCGAACUGCCCCCGCCUACUUCGGCGCGGCCCGCACUUCCAACGCGCGCAGAGGCCGUGGCCGGUGCGGCCGCUGCAUCCACCGCACCUCAGACGAAAGCGCCGAUUGUGGAGGAGGUCGCUUUCAAGGAUAUUCUGGAGGGCUGGUGUGUGGAGCAGGGACUCAUUCUGCUGCCCCUGCGCGAAGCUCACCCGCACAAUGGCCAGCCGCUGUUCCGUAUCACCGCCAGCGCAACCGGCAGGGGUGGCGUGGUGGCCUUUAUUCAGGGAGAUGUAGUUUGGGUACAAAACAAAAAGGCCAAGGACAUAUGGGAGCCGAUGGGCCUGGAGGAUCAACUAGUCGAACGGGCAGAACGGUGA